GGAAGAAGAAGACGGAGAAGAAGAGAGGCAGCCCGCGCGCGCCCGAAUUCCAUCGCGCCAGUCAGUCUGUUUUACGGUCCCGUUACGUGGGCUUUUCAUUUUAAGCCUUUUAACGUCGUUUUAUCCUUUUAUAUUCAUACGUGUAGACAGCUGUUUGCCAUGCCGGCUAAGACUCUCGUGUCUCUUCCGGAGGAGGUGAAGAAAAGGCUGCAGGUGUUGGAAGAGGAUGGGGAUGGAUGUUCAGAAGAGGAUCAAGUCAAAGAGAAGCUCAAGCUGGUGCAGGACUUCCUACAUGCCCACAUGCAGGACAAGCUGAACAUUCUGGAGGAAAAGAUGAAAUCUUCAGAGAUCUCAAAGGAGGUGUACAUCUCCAAAGUCAACGCCUUGCUGAUCAGCGAGCUCCACUUGGAAAAUGGCUCACAUGCUGAUGGUGCGGAGCAGAAUGGGAAGAUGAAUGGCUUUACUUCAGAUGGCUCACCGAAUGAGGAGAAUGGCGAAGAUGCAAAUAUGGACGUACAGGAGGAAGGCGAUGCCAUCAAGUCGUCUGUUCCAAAAGGGAAGGGUGGGCGCAGGAGCAAAGCAAACUCUGAGAACAAAAAGUCUCCAGCGAGCGCCCCGGUUACACGGAACAGCGGAAAACAGCCAACCAUCAUGUCGAUGUUUGCUAAAGUUCAAAAACGGAAGUCUGAAGACCUGAAGGAAGAAGCUUUGAAUGGACAGCAAGAGUUGAAGAAAGAAGAAAAUGACACAGAGGAGUGUCGGGAAGAUAAGCGUUUCAAAGUGGACUCUGAUGAAAAGACUGCUCCAGAAGAAUCACAGAGUGAAAAGCCUGUUUCUAUUGCAAAAACUCCACCUCCCAAAUGCCAAGACUGCAGGCAGUACUUGGAUGACUCUGAUUUGAAGUUCUUUCAAGGCGAUCCUGAUGAUGCGCUUGAAGAACCAGAAAUGUUGACAGAUGAACGCCUCUCGCUGUUUGACGCAAAUGAAGAUGGCUUUGAGAGCUAUGAGGAUCUUCCACAGCACAGGAUUACGAAUUUCAGUGUGUAUGACAAGCACGGCCACCUGUGUCCCUUUGACUCUGGACUGAUUGAGAAGAACGUAUACCUGUACUUAAGUUGUGUUGUCAAACCCAUCUAUGAUGACAACCCUUGUUUGGAUGGCGGUGUUCCCGGCAAGAAGCUUGGGCCCAUCAAUGCUUGGUGGAUCACUGGCUUUGAUGGGGGAGAAAAAGCUUUAAUUGGUUUCACUACUGCUUUUGCUGAUUACAUCCUGAUGCAGCCCAGUGAGGAGUAUGCACCUAUCUUUGCACUGAUGCAGGAAAAGAUCUAUAUGAGCAAGAUAGUGGUAGAAUUCCUCCAGAAGAACCCUGAUACUACCUACGAGGACCUUCUCAACAAGAUUGAGACAACGGUCCCUCCUGUAGGACUAAACUUCAACUGCUUCACUGAAGACACACUGCUACGCCACGCCCAGUUUGUGGUGGAGCAGGUGGAGAGCUAUGAUGAGGCUGGUGACUCAGAUGAGCAGCCCAUUAUUGUUACUCCCUGCAUGAGAGACUUGAUCAAGCUUGCUGGAGUCACUCUAGGGAAGAGCAUGCUGUUGUACUGGAGAGCUGCCAGACGACAGGCCAUUCGACACCCAACAAAGAUUGAGAAAGACAGUAAAGGCCCAACGAAAGCGACCACCACCAAGUUGGUUUAUCAGAUAUUUGAUGCAUUCUUCUCUGACCAGAUCGAGCAGAAUGAUAAAGAGAGUGGUGGAGCCAAACGACAGCGCUGUGGCGUUUGUGAGGUUUGUCAGUCUCCUGAUUGUGGCAAGUGCACAGCUUGCAAGGACAUGAUAAAGUUUGGGGGAACUGGCAAAAGCAAGCAGGCCUGUAAGCAGAGAAGAUGCCCAAAUCUGGCAGUAAAAGAAGCUGAAGAUGACGAGAACGCUGAAGAGGAAGAUGGGCCCGUCGAGAAAGCCAAACCAGUUUCUCUUGCCAAGAGAAAGAAGCAGACUCAGUGCAAACUGACAUGGAUUGGAGAGCCUGUUCAGACUGAAGGGAAGAAGCAAUACUACAUGAAGGUCUCUGUGAAUGAUGAAGUUCUGGAAGUGGGGGACUGUGUCUCCGUUUCAUCAGAGGACCCAUCUAUGCCUUUGUAUCUGGCAAGGAUAACGGCACUGUGGGAAGAUUCCAGUGGAAAGAUGUUCCAUGCCCACUGGUUCCAGCGUGGGAUUCACACAGUGCUGGGAGAGUCCUCUGAUCCGCUAGAGCUUGUCAUUGUUGAUAACUGUGAAGACAUGCUGCUCAAUUAUGUACAUGGCAAAGUAAACGUCACAUAUAAGGCCCCAUCAAACAACUGGUUCAUGGAGGGUGGAAUUGAUGUUGACCUCAAAGUGAUUGAGGAUGAUGGAAAGAGUUUCUUCUAUCAGUUUUGGUAUGAGUCAGAGUUUGCCCGCUUUGAGACUCCUCCCAGAUUUAUACCACCUGAAGACUGCCAGUUUAAGUUCUGUGGCAGCUGUGCGAGAACUGAAGAGAAAAACCAGCAAGAAGUGCCCCAUGUAUUUGAACCGCUGGAGGAUGUAGACCGUGAUAACGUAGCUCUGUACGCUCUGGCCUGCUUUAAGCGAGAGAAUUACAGGGUGGGCGACAGUGUAUACCUUCCUCCUGAGACAUUUAAUUUCAGUGUGAAGCCAGCUAGUCCGGUGAAACGUUCCCAUCGGAAAGAGGACGUGGAUGAGGAGUUGUAUCCGGAGUAUUACAGAAAGUCCUCAGACUACAUUAAGGGAUCAAACUUGGACGCUCCACAGCCUUUCCGCAUUGGCCGUAUCAAGGAGAUCUUCUGUCACAGACGUAGCAACGGGAAACCGGAUAUGUCAGAAGUGAAACUGCGACUGUACAAAUUCUACAGGCCAGAGAAUACUCACAAAGGUGUCAAAGCCAGUUACCAUACGGACAUCAAUCAGCUAUACUGGAGUGACGAGGAAACUACAGUCAGCAUGUCUGAUGUGCUCGGCCGCUGUCAAGUAGAAUACGCAGAAGAUCUGAAUGAAUCUGUGCAGGAGUACUGCAGUGGUGGACCGGACCGCUUCUACUUCUUGGAGGCCUACAGUGCAAAAUCAAAAAGUUUUGAAGACCCUCCAAAUCACGCCCGCUGUGCUGUUCGCAAAGGAAAGGGAAAAGGAAAAGGUAAAGGCAAAGGAAAAGGGACGGCACCGCAGGAAAUACAGGAGCCUCAGGGUGGACCACAAGAACCCAGAGUGCCAAAGUACCACACUCUUGAUGUGUUCUCUGGCUGCGGUGGGCUUUCUGAAGGCUUCCAUCAGGCUGGUAUCUCUGAGACUCUGUGGGCCAUAGAGAUGUGGGAGCCUGCAGCCCAAGCCUUCAGACUCAACAACCCUGGAACCACAGUGUUCACCGAGGACUGUAAUGUAUUGCUAAAGUUGGUUAUGUCUGGAGAGAAGACGAACUCUCUUGGCCAGAAGCUGCCUCAGAAAGGUGAUGUGGAGAUGCUAUGCGGAGGGCCUCCUUGUCAAGGCUUCAGUGGAAUGAACCGCUUCAAUUCUCGCACAUACUCGAAGUUCAAAAACUCACUUGUCGUCUCAUAUCUCAGUUACUGUGAUUACUACAGACCCAAAUUUUUUCUGCUCGAGAACGUCAGGAACUUUGUCUCCUUCAAAAAUUCCAUGGUUUUGAAGCUGACUCUGCGCUGUCUGGUGCGGAUGGGCUACCAGUGUACGUUCGGUGUUCUUCAGGCUGGUCAGUACGGCGUUGCUCAGACCCGUCGUAGGGCCAUCAUCCUGGCUGCUGCUCCUGGUGAGAAGCUGCCUCGAUAUCCUGAGCCCCUGCAUGUGUUUGCUCCCAGAGCAUGCUCUCUGAGCGUCGUGGUGGAUGAACAGAAAUACAUCAGCAAUGUCACACGCGGUAAUGGAGGAAUCUACAGAACCAUCACUGUCAGGGACACUAUGUCUGAUCUGCCAGAGAUCCGCAAUGGUGCAGCGGCGUUGGAGAUUUCCUACAACGGAGAGCCUCAGUCUUGGUUCCAGAGGCAGAUCAGAGGCACGCAGUAUCAGCCAAUCCUCCGAGAUCAUAUCUGCAAGGAUAUGAGCGCUCUUGUUGAAGGUCGUAUGCGUCACAUUCCCUUGGCUCCGGGAUCCGACUGGAGAGAUCUACCCAACAUUGAGAUUCGGCUCAAAGAUGGCACAAUGACCAAAAAGCUCCGUUACACACACCCAGAUAAGAAGAAUGGCCGCAGCAGCAUCGGUGCACUCAGAGGUGUCUGCACUUGUGCAGGAGGGAAACCAUGUGACCCUGCAGACAGGCAGUUUAACACCCUGAUCCCCUGGUGUUUGCCUCACACCGGAAACCGCCACAAUCACUGGGCAGGACUCUACGGGAGGCUGGAGUGGGACGGCUUCUUCAGCACAACAGUCACUAACCCUGAGCCUAUGGGCAAGCAGGGCCGUGUUCUGCACCCUGAGCAGCACCGAGUGGUCAGUGUGAGGGAGUGUGCACGCUCCCAAGGAUUCCCAGACACCUACCGCUUCUUUGGAAACAUCCUGGACAAACACAGACAGAUUGGGAACGCCGUGCCUCCGCCGCUCUCCAGAGCCAUCGGCAUGGAAAUAAAAAAAUGUGUCUUGGAGAGAAUGAAAGAACAAGCAUCAGGUGAUGAUGUGAAGCAAGAGAAGAUGGAAGUGUCCAAAUAGUUUCUUCAUCCAUCCAGAAUGAAAUGAUUCUACAAAUCCCAUUCACAGCUCGUUAGAUCUAAACAAGCUGGCUUUUAAUUGUCACAAAGUGGCCAUGUGGAUGUUCCAUGCAGUAUCAGUACUUGUAAACUUUUUUUUAAAAAAAACAUUUAUUGGAAAUUGUUCACAUAAUGUGGAGUUAAUUGUAUGUAGUUUUUAUGUGUAAUAUUUCAAAUAAAGCUCUUAUGAAACAUUUAAA